AUGUCUCAUCAAAGAAUUUUAUCUCGUGGUUCAGAAAACCGCAGGUAUCGUAGUUUACUUUCCAAAGAAAAAUAUAACGAAAAUCUGAAGAAAGAGGGUGAUAUAAACAAGGAAGAUUCUUCUAAACCCACAAAGAGAGAAACAUUACGUGAAGUAACAUAUGAACAUACAAGAUUUAGCACCACCAACAACAUAAAUGAGCUUGAUAAAGUUGAGGAUGUUAACAAUAGGAAUGAUAAUAUUCUUAAAAAUAUUUAUUCCAAAGUUGACAAGAUUGUUGAGGUUGAAAAUUAUUUUGAAAAUCUUUAUGGAAAAGAUGGAAUUAAAGGCAUGAUUGUUGAAUUUUAUGAUCUUGAAUCGAUUAAAGAAAAAAGUUUUCACCUUCCUGAAUGGCUUUUAAAAGAUAAUUCCGAAGAACUCUUUAAAGCAGAAUUACCGCCUCAAGACAUUACGGUAUAUGAUCUUUGGUUUUUUAGGAGAAAGAAUGAAGGUGCACCCAGUUUUGUUCACAAAGGAAUCAAGCCAAUUUCCAAUGCUGAUAUUUUAUCACAUUUGGAAAAGAUUUAUACCUGUUCUCAUGAAGAAAAACGAUUAGAUACAAAUAAAAUUGGAUCAAAGAUGAUUCACAUUAUCUUGAAUGAUUUGAGAAAGGUUAAUAAUUAUAUGUUGUAUAUUGGAAGUGAAACGCGAUAUCCCAAUAAUGUAAUGGAGAAAACUCCAAAGCUUAUCGAGAAACUUGAGAAGGUUUUGAAAAGGAUUCGCUCAUAUAACACCUAUGAAUUUGUAAAUAUAGCUAAUGAUGAAAAGGCGAUUAAAUAUACUAAAGAAUUAUUGGAUAUAGCUUUGAUGAACUUUAACGUGAGAACUAGAGAGAACAGCAAGAAUCGUACAAUGUUUAGGAAAGUUUGGAAAGAGACGAAUAAAGAACUGGAAGCAAUCAUCGAAAAGUAUUUUCUUGGAAACAAAAAGGUUGGUUAA